AUGUUGUUAUGUAUAUUCUCGGGAAAUGGUACACUACUAGCAAGUUUGUGUCUGGAAGAUUUAGAUGAGGUAUUUAUAAAUGACAUUCUUAUUUAUUUAGGAUUUCUUUUUAUAGUUUUACAUGAAACAUGA